UCCGGGCUUGGUGUGAAGCGGGCGCAGGCUGAGAGCCCCAGGAAACCCGCACCAGACGCACCCAGGACAACGGGCGCUGCCCCCGGGUGCCAGCGCAGAGAAUAAAUAUGGCAGAGCUUUCUGAGACAGAAGGACCAGUAGAUUGGAAAGAACGAUGUAUAGCCCUGGAGUCCCAACUCAUGAAAUUUAGAGUUCAAGCGAGCAAGAUACGAGAGCUCUUAGCAGAGAAGAUGCAGCAGCUGGAGAGACAAGUUAUUGAUGCUGAACGUCAAGCAGAAAAAGCUUUUCAACAGGUACAAGUUAUGGAAGAAAAAUUAAAAGCAGCUAAUAUUCAAACCAGUGAAUCAGAGACGAGGUUGUAUAAAAAGUGUCAAGAUCUGGAAACCCUAAUACAGGAAAAAGAUGACAUCAUUCAAAACUUGGAACUGCAACUUGAGGAGCAGAAACAAAUAAGGAUUCAAGAAGCUAAAAUAAUAGAAGAGAAAGCAGCUAAGAUCAAAGAAUGGGUAACAGUUAAGUUGAAUGAGCUGGAAUUGGAGAAUCAGAAUCUUCGUUUGAUCAACCAAAACCAAACCGAAGAGAUAAGAACAAUACAGUCAAAAUUACAAGAAGUUCAAGGAAAGAAGUUGUCCACUGUCUCCACACCGAAGCUCACAGAAGGCCAGCGUCUGAGCAGUCUGACCUUUGGGUGCUUUUUAUCCCGAGCAAGGAGUCCUCCUCAAGUUGUAAAAUCUGAGGAAAUGAGCAAGAUAUCAUCUAAAGAACCUGAGUUCACUGAAGGAAAAGACAUAGAAGAAAUGGAAAUACCAGAAAAGUCUGUCGAUAACCAAAUUCAAGAAAACAACCGAGGUCAGAGAACAUUGCAUCAAGUGCCGUGUGUCUCAGAGCAGAAUCAGAAAACAAGGACAAGCUUUGUGACGGAUGGUGGCAUAUCCCAGAAUUCUGGGACUCCUGGGAGUGACUGGAGUUCCGAUGAGGACGACGGGGGCAAAGGAAGAUCCAAGUCCAGGUAUACGUCCACCCUUUCCAGCCACACAUCAGAGGAGGGGGUCCAGUGUAGCAGAAUGGGCAGUGAGACGUAUCUGACAGCCUCUGAUGACAGCAGUUCUAUAUUUGAAGAAGAGACUUUUGGCAUAAAGAGACCAGAACACAAGAAGCUGUAUUCUUGGCAACAGGAGGCACAGUGGAGUCCUCUCGGAAAGGGAAAUUCUGAAUCAAGUAAAAAGGAGCACGAUAGUUCCUCAGACGAACUGAAUAAAAAAUUUCAGUCUCAGAGACUGGAUUAUUCAUCUUCAUCGAGUGAAGCCAACACCCCAAGCCCUAUUCUGACCCCAGCUUUGAGUCCAAAGCAUCCUAACUCACUCACUGGAAAAGGCACAGAACUAGUGCCCCCCUCAAGCCUGCCACUUCCCAAAUUAAGGGUUCCUAAUGUUUUCAGCUUAAGUGUAGCUCUAGCCAAAAGACACCUAAGCCAGCCACAGUUAAGUUCCGACAGGAUGUUUGGUACAAACAGAAAUGCUAUAAGCAUGAUCCGGCCACUGAGACCUCAGGAAACAGACCUUGAUCUAGUUGAUGGCGACAGUACAGAAAUUUUAGAGACUAUGGACACUAGCUGUGAUGAUGGAUUAUUUUCCUACGGCUCCCUGGAGUCCCCGUGUUCAGACGACCAGGAAACCUGCAACUCAGCAAAGAAGGCGGCCUGUGGGAAACCUCCAACUCCUCCCCUGCACCGGUUUCCCUCUUGGGAAAGCAGAAUUUAUGCUGUAGCCAAAUCAGGCAUUCGAAUGUCUGAGGCCUUCAAUAUGGAGAAUGUUAAUAAAAAUUCUGUUGCAGUGCUUUCCUAUACCACAUCAGGACUUUAUACAUCACUGAUAUACAAGAAUAUGACAACCCCAGUGUACACAACUUUAAAAGGGAAGGCGACCCAGAUAAGCAGCAACCCAUUCCUGGAUGACUCCUCUGGGUCAGAGGAAGAAGAUAGUUCCAGAUCCAGCUCCCGGACUUCAGAGUCAGACUCUCGCAGUCGGAGUGGGCCAGGCAGUCCCAGAGCAAUGAAACGAGGUGUGUCUCUCUCUUCUGUAGCUUCUGAAAGUGAUUAUGCUAUUCCCCCAGAUGCUUACUCCACAGAUGUAGAGUGCUCACAGCCAGAGCAGAAGUUCCCGAAAACUUGCUCGUCUUCCAGUGAUAAUGGGAAAAAUGAACCACUGGAAAAAUCUGGCUACUUAUUAAAAAUGAGUGGUAAAGUCAAGACUUGGAAGCGGAGAUGGUUUGUUCUUAAAGGUGGUGAAUUACUUUACUACAAAUCUCCGAGUGAUGUAAUCAGAAAACCCCAGGGCCAUAUUGAACUUAGUGCAUCCUGCAGCAUUUUAAGAGGAGAUAACAAACAAACAGUUCAGUUGACCACUGAAAAACACACAUACUAUCUGACUGCAGAUUCUCCCAAUAUAUUGGAGGAAUGGAUUAAAGUGUUACAGAACGUUCUUCGGGUACAAGCUGCCAACCCCCUUUUCCUCCAACCUGAGGGCAAACCAACGGUGAAGGGAUUGCUCACCAAGGUAAAACAUGGCUACUCCAAGAGAGUCUGGUGUACACUUAUAGGAAAAACAUUAUAUUAUUUUCGUAGUCAAGAAGAUAAGUUUCCUUUAGGUCAGAUCAGACUCUGGGAGGCUAAAGUUGAAGAGGUUGACAGAUCCUGUGAUUCAGAUGAAGAUUAUGAAGCCAGUGGGCGAAGUCUUUUAUCCACACAUUACACUAUUGUGAUCCACCCCAAAGACCAAGGUCCGACUUACCUCCUGAUUGGAUCCAAGCAUGAAAAGGACACUUGGCUUUAUCACCUGACUGUUGCAGCUGGAAGUAACAAUGUAAAUGUUGGAUCUGAAUUUGAACAACUCGUUUGCAAAUUGCUAAAUAUAGAAGGGGAACCUUCCUCUCAGAUAUGGAGACACCCUACUUUGUGUCACAGCAAAGAAGGACUCAUUUCUCCUUUGACAACACUACCUUCGGAAGCUCUACAGACAGAAGCAAUUAAAUUAUUUAAGACCUGCCAACUUUUUAUAAAUGCAGCAGUUGACUCUCCUGCAAUUGAUUACCACAUAUCUCUAGCCCAGAGUGCUUUGCAAAUCUGUUUGACACAUCCUGAGCUACAGAAUGAAAUUUGCUGUCAGCUCAUUAAACAGACAAGACGGAGACAGCCACAGAAUCAACCAGGACCACUGCAGGGCUGGCAGCUCUUAGCGCUCUGUGUUGGGCUCUUCCUUCCCCAUCAUCCUUUCCUGUGGCUCCUCAGGCUCCACCUAAAGAGGAAUGCAGAUUCCAGGACAGAAUUUGGAAAAUAUGCCAUUUACUGCCAACGAUGUGUAGAAAGAACGCAACAGAAUGGAGAUCGAGAAGCAAGACCCUCAAGAAUGGAAAUUCUUUCCACCCUUCUUCGAAACCCGUAUCAUCAUUCUUUGCCCUUCAGUAUCCCCGUACACUUCAUGAAUGGGAUAUAUCAGGUGGUUGGAUUUGAUGCAUCCACCACAGUGGAAGAAUUUUUGAAUACUUUGAACCAGGAUACAGGGAUGAGGAGGCCAGCACAGUCUGGAUUUGCAUUGUUCACAGAUGAUCCUUCUGGCAGGGAUUUAGAGCAUUGUCUUCAAGGAAACAUCAAGAUUUGUGACAUUAUCUCUAAAUGGGAACAGGCUUCCAAAGAACAGCAGCCCGGGAAAUGGGAAGGUACGAGAACUGUUCGUCUCACUUAUAAAAACAGACUGUAUUUCUCAGUGCAAGCUCGUGGAGAGACUGAUAGAGAAAAGCUGCUGUUAAUGUAUCAGACAAAUGAUCAAAUAGUAAAUGGACUUUUUCCUCUGAACAGAGACCUGGCGUUAGAAAUGGCAGCUCUUUUAGCUCAGGUGGAGAUUGGAGAUUUUGAAAGACCUUUUUCUACUCCAGCAGGGCAUGUUACUAGUCAGUGCAAAGCAAAUCAAACUAUAAAACAACUCAUAGAGAAAUUUUAUCCUAAAAGGUAUAGAGAUGACUCUUCUGAAGAACAGUUAAGGCAGCUUUGCCAGCGACUGUCAACCAGAUGGAUGGCCCUCCGGGGACACAGUGCUGCUGAUUGUGUGCGAAUCUAUUUGACAGUAGCCAGGAAGUGGCCAUUCUUUGGUGCCAAAUUGUUUCUUGCAAAAAGGUUAAUAAUCAGCUAUGUGUACAAGAGUCUAAUGACCUUUGGAGGUUAUCAAGAUGAUUUUAUGAUAGUCAUUAACAAUGCACAUUCAAAGGACAAACCAACAGAGAAAUUACUUUUUGCCAUGGCAAAACCCAAGAUUCUUGAAAUCACUCUUUUGAUCGCCAGCUACAUGAACAACUUCUAUCAGCAGAAGGUGGUUCACCACCUCUCUGCUCCAGCGCUGCUCUCAGCUCGGACCCAGGGUCCUCAAGCCAGGGUGAUGGGAAGCCAGCCCCUUCUGUCAAGCAGACCAACCAAAGGCCCCACUUUACUCUGAAAGCUCAGGGACCUGAACAUUCACUCCCUGUUCUCUAACCAAUGGCUGCCUCGGCUCCAAAUAAGUUCAUUUACAUCCUGGCAGCAUGGCACACACACAGUAGUGGUCCAUUCUUUAAAAAUAAUGAGGGUUACUCUCUUUCAUUUGAUUCAUAAAUAUGCAAAUGAAUGCUAGUAAUAAGACCUAAACACAGAUUUUCCCACAUGCUGAUUUUCUCUUAGCUUAACUGGGUUAGAAUUUGUCAUUUUUUUCCAUCACCUUCUCCUUUGCCAUCAGACACAUCAAGGCUUUUUUCUCUUUUUAAAAAAAAUAUUCUAACAAUCUUCAGAAAGUGAGAUUCAAGGGAGUUUUUCCAAACUCUCAUUUGGCAAACCAGUUGAUUAUUUGGCAAUGCUCAUUGCCAAAAAAUUAAGUACUGUAAUUAAAUGUGCUUUUAAUUAAUGAUAUGGUGUUUAGAAAGAAGUAGAGUAUACAGUUUAAGAAACAGCUGCAGGGUGGUGUUGAAGGGUAAAUUUUAGAGCAAGUGCAGUAAGUCUUCUGGCCCUAUGAAUCAUUGUGUGAGAAAACAGGAGCUAGGUAACCAGAACCUCCUAUGUGGUUUUAGAAAGUGUACCCUGUCACUUUUUCAGAUCACUGGAGUGUAAAACUUAAAAUGAGACAGUGAUUUCUGACAUUCUUUGGCUGUCAACAUAACCCAAGUUCACUGGAAUAUUGCCCACAUUUCAUUGCAUUAGUGCUGGGUCCUCUUGACCUUGCUUUGUUAAAUAAUAAUAUCUAUGAAAACAAAGACCAUUCUUAAAGCUUUUCCUCAUACAGUCCUUUUUAAUUAUAGUUUAAAAAUAAAUUCCCAAAAAUAUUUUUUAAAAGGAAAGAGAAAGUAACUCUUCUGUCAAAGGAGGUAAAUUUUUAGGUGAAAGAGUCUAGAAACGUAUUACUUUACUAGGUUACGUAAGUGAUCAGUACAUUCCGGUUUGUGUCAAAAUACUUAUUAUUCAUGAUAAAAAUGAAACUGUGAUAAGACAUGAAAAUUACAUUGCAAAAAUGUUUAAUUGAAAUAGUAAUCAUGAGUAUACUUAAUUUUAUUUAUGUAUAGAAUAUUUUAUAUUUUGGACGUAUAUUUAUCACUCUGUGUAUGGUAUUUUUUUUAACCAAUUGGAAAAAAAAAGUUAGCUGCUGAAUUAAUUUGUUGGCAGAGCCUUCAUGUUUUCUUUUUUGCUGCUUUCUCCCUAUGGCAAUGUACUGUUCUCACUAUAAGCCUUUUAAAAAUGCUCCAUCCCAUGUUAGCGUCCUUUGAAAGGACAGAGCCAAGAAGCAUACUGAUCAAGUAAGAUUUUGCUUUAUUGGUAAUGACAAAGGUAAAAAAAAAAAAAACCAUAGAAAUAGAUUGCCAUUUACUAUUUCUCCUAAAUCUUUUGAACCACAACCACUCACUGGGUAAGCAAAUUAAUUUCUGAGAAUAAAUAGGUUACCAGUUUGAGAUGACUCUCAGGAGCCUUUUGGCUGGGAUACAGUAGUUUCUGAGUUCCCAGAAAACCAUUUAAUAAUCAUUAGUCGGUGAACCACAGGCUUGGCAGAGCUGUUACAUAUGUGUGAGGACUUUAUUCUCAGGCAAUAGUUAGUUCACCAUCUGGUAAGCCCCCCGAAAAUCUAAUUUAAACAAGUAGUGAAGACUUAGCUUAAAUGGUAGUACCCUAGACUUGGCAUUUAUUUUUGAUAGAGCAGAGAUAAAAUAUUUUGAUGGAAAGAAAUCAAUUUUCUGUAACUGAUGAUGUGAAAAUUUUAUUUUCUGGGAAAUUUUAUAUAGCCAUUUAAAAAAUUCAAAGUAUGUUAUUAUGAUUGGUUACAAGAGAAUAAUGUUACAUGUUUAAUUGUAAUAUUUGUCUCCUAUCAUUUUCUUCCCUUUCAAUCAUAAUAAAUGAUUUACAAAACCCAUUUCAAGCAUUAUCUUUUGAAUAAUCUUCAAGAAAUACCUAAUGUUUUCAUUGUCAAAGCUGAGGUGUACUACUAGUGAAAAUGGUAGUUAUUACCUCCUUCUCUUGCACUCAUGCUUUGUCUUCUGUGUUGCUUUGUUUUAUCCUUAUAAAAGGAAGCUGUUUUGGCAAAUUGUAAGUUUCAUAUGUAUGUACGCAUAUUGACACAUAUACAAUAUGUAUAAGUCAUGGGGUUCUCCCAUGAUUUCAUAAUAAGCUCCUUAUAGGUAAGUUGAUUGGACUGUGUCUAAAAUUUUAUUUUGAAUGCUCUAGAUUUCUGUGUGUGUCCUUAAAGUCAAAUACUGCCAUAGCUUAGAAAUGAAUUUAACUCUCAAUUUACAAGAAAAGUUAGUCACAACUUAUAAAGUAUUUGCUUGAAAAAUGUGUUUAUCAGUGGUUGUUUGGACAUUUUUUCCAUAGGAAAAAAAUACAUGGUAGUCAGGUUCCUGUAACAACACUUGUAACCCAUAAUUGUACUGAAGUAUAAUCCUGAAGAAUUAACCACCAUGGAUAACCAUAUUUCUCUAGAAAAAGGCUUUAAGUAGUCCUGAGAUGCCGAGAACACAUUUCACCCAUCCACCCACCUCCUAGCUGUCAUGGAAUUUGGACGUCACUGCAGAGUCUCUGGGCUGAUUCCAGGGGAGCAAAGGCUUUGGGAAUAUGGAGAGUGAGGAAGCAAAAGUGAGUAGCAGGACUAAUAAGGUGGAGAAGCUUUUCUGCUAACUGGUUCAUGCAGGGACCGCAUCUCCUCUCACAUUUCCCCCUAUUCUCUUUUUCCUAAAGGAAAAAAGGGAUUUUAUUGCCACAAGAGUACUUCAUUUAGCAGGAAAUAUGCCAGUUUCCUCCAGAGAAGGAAUGACUUGAUUCUCCUAAUUCUUGUUUGAAAAUUUCCAGAAAAGGACUCUGACUGGCCCAACUCAUGUUAGGUGUUUAACCUCAAACACUCAUAUUAGGAGAAUGCUUAAGUAAAUUAUUAAAAAUCUAUAUAGUGGAACCUUAUGUAGCCAUCAAAGCUAUGUUUAUUAUGGGUUUUUAAAAAAUUGAUAUGGGAAAAUACAUGUUAAAAUCAGAAUGUUAACAAACUUUACAGUAAAAU